UCACAUUCACAAUUACAUUAACUUUGAAUAAAUACAAUAUUACCCAUCUUUAUUAGCCGAGGUUGGCUCUUUGGCUCUCUGGGGACGGUAUUUGCUGACACCUGAUCCUUCUGCAAUAUAUUUGCUGUCCCUGCUAUAUUUGUCACAAGCUGUGUUCGCCUGUUUGGUAAGCCAGCCUGGCUAACAAACACCGCCAAUGGUCGUCCUGAAUUGACUGCGGAAUUUUCAGAAUCGUUUAUCACCAAGUAAUCCCCGCCUUCCUUCGCCAUGGACCUCUAUGAGGUCUUCUCAGGAUCCAGUCUGGAUGUCAUCGCUGAGGAGGGGCUGAGUGGAGACGAGGAGGAUCUCAAGGAGAAGCAUGAGAAGGUGGAGGAGGAGGUGAACAGGGACCUCCCUACUAAAGAGGCCUUCGUAGUGGUUCCUGGCAUGAGAGAGGCCAGGGAGGUUUCCUCGACGUUUCAGCGUUUCUCAGUGGAUACUGAUGACUCUCUGAGGUUUGAACCAUUCAUCCCAUCUUCAGAUGAGGAUGGAACCACGUCAGCUGUCUGUGCAGAUGAUGUGUUUGAGGAGCAUACAGAAUCAGAGGAUAAGGUGAACAUAAUCAGGACUAAAUUGGAGGGAAAGGUGGCGGAGAUGGAGAACUUCACUGGACAUCUAGAGGAGAUCUUCCUUACUGUGGAGGAGAAUUUCGGUCGCCGUGAGCAGCACCUGGAACAGCACUACAAUGACGUUCUGCAGACGUUGUCCCAGCGUUACGACGAGCGCACAGCUGCCCUGGGAGAGGAGAAGAAGAUGAAGCUGGAGACUCUAUACAACAAGCUGCUAGACUGUGGGCGAAUGCUGGAUGCCUCUAAGGACCUGAUUGAGACCGCCCAGGAACUGUACCGCACAGAGGACAAACGAUUAUUCCUACAGUCAGUUAUGCCAACCAUGAAGAGAAUUGAAGAGUUUGCGAAGGAGAAGCCUGGACUGACACUGGCAACGCCACUGGAGUUUGAAACACCCCUCGCUGACCUCUCAGAUGUUAAGACCCUGAUGGAUUCCAUCAACAUAGUACCAGCCCCGUCCGCUCCGGUCAUCAACCCUCAGGUGGCUAACUCGGCCACGCAGACCUCUCUGCGUGUGUGCUGGAGCCUGUUCUCGGACGACACCGUGGAAUUCUACGAGCUGUACUACCGACCCGUCCUGGAGGACGCCGCAGCUGUGGACUGUGCCGAGGCACCCGAUGUGUGUAAGGUGAACGAGACCCACUGUUGGGUUGAAGACCUGCAUCCGAACGCCCAGUAUGAGUUCUGGGUCACAGCGACCAACACCACAGGCAUCAGCCCUGCCAGCGAGAAGGCCGUCUACAUGACAGUCCCCUCUCCACCAGUCAUCAGAGAAAGGGGGUGUAGCAGCUGUCCAGAGGCCGCUCUGAUUCGCUGGGAGUCUGGAAACACCAACCCAGUUGAAUCCUACACAGUGGAUCUGAGUGAGACGGGCACAGACGAAGAGGGUGGAGUCACGGAGUCCAUUGUGGCUGUUCCUACCUGUGAGUGUCUGAUCCAGCUGCAGCCAGGGAGACAGUACCUAAUCUCCGUCAGGGCUGUGAACAUUGGGGGUCCUAGCAACAAGAGUGAGCCCAUCUGCAUCUCUACCACAGGAACCGUCUUCCACCUUCUGCAGGACACAGCCCACCCGUGUCUGUCCCUCUCCGAGGAUGGCUUCUCCAUGUUCUACGGAGAUGAGGAGCUGCCGAUCUCUGCGAUGACCUUCGACGACAACACCUUCGCCAGGUGUGCAGCUGUGCUGGGCGACCUGAUCCCCGUGCGAGGCAGGAGGUACUGGGAGGUGGCUGUGGAGGAGGCCACGGAGUACAGGAUCGGUGUGGCCUAUGAAGACACCCAGAGGAACUCCUACCUGGGUGGAACCGACUCCUCCUGGUGCAUGAGACACGUCCUGACCCCAUCCAGACACAAGUACGAGUUCCUCCACGGCGGCUGGAGCCCGGACGUUCGGAUAACAGUGAACCCGGUGAGGAUUGGGGUCAGCUUGGAUUACGCGGCAGGGAUGCUCUCCUUUUUCAACGCAGACCUGAAACAGCACCUGCACACGUUCCACUGCAACUUCCUGGACUACGUUCAACCCUGCUUUGCCCUCGACAACCCCGGGGCGCUGACCGUCUGUAAUGGGGUAGCCACCCCCUGGUAUGUCCACUCAGUCUGAGCCACCUGGUCACCAGGCACACUGACCGGUGUAGGGUACAAGUGAACUGUCUGCUGAAAUGUCUGUUCAGUUCCACACCUCAACCCGAUACUACUGUAUUAUAGCUCCAUGUUAUGCUGAAUAAAAGACAUUUAAAAAA